CCCAGCCCGCCGCCGGCCUAGCGCCCCCGCGACCCCCGAGCCCUCCGUCGCCUCCUGGGGGCCGGGGACGUCCGCGCCGCGUCCGGGCCGCGGGGGCCGCGCCGAGGAGCAUGUCUGCGGAUCCGGAGAUGGAGAAGAGCAUCAAGGAGACCUCCAUUUUAGAAGAAUACAAUAUUAAUUGGACUCAGAAAUUGGGAGCUGGAAUUAGUGGUCCAGUUAGGGUCUGUGUGAAAAAAUCCACCCAAGAACGAUUUGCACUGAAAAUUCUUCUGGAUCGUCCAAAAGCUCGGAAUGAGGUACGUUUGCACAUGAUGUGUGCCACACACCCAAAUAUUGUGCAGAUUAUUGAAGUGUACGCUAAUAGUGUGCAGUUUCCUCAUGAGUCCAGCCCAAGGGCUCGACUCCUAAUUGUAAUGGAGAUGAUGGAAGGGGGAGAGCUAUUUCACAGAAUCAGCCAGCACCGGCACUUUACAGAGAAGCAAGCCAGCCAAGUAACAAAGCAGAUAGCUUUGGCUUUGCAGCACUGUCACUCACUAAACAUUGCACACAGAGACCUCAAGCCUGAGAAUCUGCUCUUCAAGGAUAACUCUUUGGAUGCUCCAGUUAAGUUGUGUGACUUUGGAUUUGCCAAAAUUGACCAAGGAGACUUGAUGACGCCACAAUUUACCCCUUAUUACGUAGCACCUCAGGUAUUGGAGGCACAAAGAAGGCAUCAAAAAGAGAAAUCUGGGAUUAUACCUACCUCGCCCACACCCUACACUUACAACAAGAGUUGUGACUUGUGGUCCUUGGGGGUGAUCAUUUAUGUGAUGCUGUGCGGCUACCCACCUUUUUACUCCAAACACCACAGUCGGACGAUCCCAAAGGACAUGCGGAGGAAGAUCAUGACGGGAAGCUUUGAGUUUCCGGAGGAGGAAUGGAGCCAGAUCUCAGAGAUGGCCAAAGACAUUGUGAGAAAGUUGCUGAAGGUCAAGCCAGAGGAGCGGCUUACCAUUGAGGGGGUGUUGGACCACCCCUGGCUAAACUCAAAUGAAGCUCUGGACAAUGUGCUGCCAUCUGCCCAGCUGAUGAUGGACAAGGCAGUAGUUGCUGGAAUCCAACAGGCUCAUGCAGAACAGCUGGCCAACAUGAGAAUCCAGGACCUCAAAGUCAGCCUCAAACCCCUGCACUCUGUAAAUAAUCCCAUUCUCAGAAAGAGGAAAUUGCUUGGCACGAAGCCGAAGGAUGGUGUCUAUAUUCAUGACCCUGAGAAUGGAGCAGAGGACUCCAAUGUGGCACUGGAGAAGCUACGAGAUGUCAUUGCUCAGUGUAUUCUCCCCCAGGCUGGAGAGAACGAAGACGAGAAGCUGAAUGAGGUGAUGCAGGAGGCGUGGAAGUACAAUCGGGAAUGUAAACUCCUUCGGGACACCCUGCAGAGCUUCAGCUGGAACGGCCGUGGAUUCACAGACAAAGUGGAUCGACUAAAACUGGCAGAAAUUGUGAAACAAGUGAUUGAAGAACAGACAGCUUCUCAUGAGUCCCAAUAGCCACAGCCUUGGAAUAUUAGUUUGUUUUUGUUUUAUUUUUUACAUUUUGAAAAUUUAUUCCUUAACUGUACAAAGUAAUUUUUAUGUAAAUUAAUAAAUCAUAAUUUCAUUAAAUUUCCAUUCUGCUGAAAGAUGCUGUAUAGGUGUAGAUACAAGAAUCAUUGGUACUGUAAUAUUUUUUUAAGACAAGCUGAGUUCUUAGAAAUAGCUUAUCACUUCUGUAUUGUUCAUUUGUAUGUCUCUAAGGCAGAUGAUGUCACCAAGAUCCUUUGACUUGUAAUAGAUACAGAGUACUAUGCCAGUGCAGAGCAGCUAAGCAGUUUCAUAGGCCUUUCUGCUCUGUAAAAGCUGGAACAGAAUUGUGGAAUAUAAUCUCAGAAGGUCCCUGUGUGCUCCCCCCUGAACUAUCAGGGCCUGUGACAGCUGGAGCACCAGAGUGGGGCAGCUCUGUUGGCUUUGACCCCAGACGGUCACGGAGGGAGCCCAGCAAGCCGAUCCUCAGCCCGCCUGACCUCUGAGGCCGGAGCCAUUGGGCUUGCCCCAGAGUGAGGGAUUUUUUGGUGCAGAACUUGUCUUAUUUCCUUUCCUGUUUUUCUCCUGAUCUUUCUAGGGUGGAAUAGUAAGGUCCCUUAAGGUUUUCUCUUUGUGUAAUGGUUAGGAAUGAAAAGGAUUUGAAUAGUUUAGUAUAAAGGCAGAUUCUAGUCCAUUUAUUCGUUUUAUGCUUGUAGGUUCCUCAAAUGUUCGCCUUGUUUUUCCAGCCCUGAAUAUAAGAUUAUCUCUCCCUGUUGCCUUUUAUCCAAGGGUUUUUUUUUUGUUGUUGUUGUUUGUUUGUCUUGGUUCCUCCUUCCUUGUUCUUCUGUUGAUUCUAAACCUUGGUCGAGGGCGUGGAAGGCUCUGUGUUGUAUAUAUCUGUUGACUCUGAGACUAGAAACUUCUGCAUCAUUAAGAUUUCUUCUCCCCAAAUCUGUGCUCUUCUCUCAGCCUAUUUGGCCAUGUUUCUCCCUCCUGCUCCCAUAUGUUCACUCAACUGUCAUAGCCAGUCAUUAGACUGAACAUAUUCAGAGCAUGGCCCUCAAUCUGCUAUGAUAUUUUUCUAUUUAAAAAAACAAAGGCUUUUAGAGAGACUCUGGUACCUAUGUAGGUAAGCAGACUAGGCGAUGGAGCUGGGAUGCCAUUCAGGAAGAGAAAAAGUAAAUUUGUUCACUUUGACAGUACGCCAAGUUGAUCAGCUAGCACUGAUUAAGACACGGGACUAGGCUGAGGCAAAAAUGAACCAGUCAGUGCCUUGAAGGAGCUUCCACUACGCCAGCUCUCUUAACCAGCAAGCACUGAUAAAGCUCCUCCUGCUAUGGAUCAGCCCCUCCUAGAGCCAGUCUCUGGGGUUAGAGACCAUAGGGAGACAGUCCCUGUUCUUAGGGUACCCCUUCGAGUUCUGGGGUUCUAGUUGACAACUUGGAUUCCUUGGGCUGCUGCUCCAUGGCUGCUGACCAUUUCCAAGCUCUUUUCUGAAUAGAUCUUCAGUUGGUUAGAACCACAUGGGGCAACUCUGACAAUUUGUGAGAAAGCCUGUGGCCAUUUAGAGAGUUUCUUUGCCCUUACACUGCUGCCUGCUCAGGCAGCACAGCUAGACUUUCUUCCCCUUUGGCAAUGCUUUCCAUCAUCCAAGAGGCCAUUACAGGAUCGUGGCUACAGAUAGCUCUCUUGGUUGAGAGCUGCAGAACUCAAACCUGAGGGAAUCAAGGAGGGGAGUUUCUAGGAGGAAAUGGGGGUGCUUGUGCCUGAGGAGCAUUGCCAUCAGCCCAAGCUUUUCCUUUUGUGUAGAUUCUGGGACUUCAUCUCCACCCCAGAGUUGAAAAUACAUCUGCUUGAACGCCCCUCUUUUUUACUAGGGCUGGAAGUGGCUGAGGUAUAAGGGACAUCUGAGGCAGCGAACGAUAGGUUACCUGUUUUUCACCUCAGGGGCCAUUGAACAUCAGUCCGUAAAACCAAGAGAAAGUGUUUUGAGGCCUGUGGGAGGACCGAGCUGACCUAGAGAGGCCACAUGGGGCGUCUGAUCUAUUGCCACUCAGUCAUGGCGGUCCUUUUGGCGGGCUUGGGAUGCUCCGGCCAGGGAUCCCUGGCCUCUAAGCCCGCAGGGCUGGCGCUUACUUUGAAGUAGCCUUCUCUCCUGCUUUGUGGGUAUAAUCCAAACCUGAGCCACACUUUCAGGGGUCUCUUUUUUGUGUAAAUAUUAAGGAGUGUCCUACUCCUGAAAGGCUUUGACACAUUCUGGCUAAGGUAGGCCUUGUGGAUUGGAGAGUUGAUAAGAAAACCACUCCUGCCCAGAGAGGUGAGUUGCACGAAGUUACCAGGUGUAGAUCGUCUUGACUUUCUCCUUUGUACCUCUGACCUCUCCCCACUGAUUUAUUUAUGAAAGCCAUUGUUUGUUAGUGAAAUGCCUUUGGAUCAUCCAUAGUUAGGUGUCUGGUAGGCGGCAGAGCCAAUCCUACCUGUAUCUUGUGUGUCUUUAUGAACUAAUAUGUAUGGGCAGGGUCAUCAGAAAGGUGUUUUGAAGUGUGUGGACAUGAGGAAUUAUCCUUUCCCUCUCUCCCCCUUUUUUUAGAGAGUUCAUGUUAAGUGUAUUAUCCAUUUGAGAAAGGACCAAUUUGAAGGAUCGAUAGGUAAGAAUAGGGUAACAAGGUCAAAGAUUGAUUUCAGGCAUGUUAUAAACAGCUGUGUUUGACAACAAAGAUGGGAUGUAAUUUAAUUUCUAAUUAUGCUGUAAUCUUUUAAGUGGGAAAAAGCCAAUCAUUGAAUUAUCAAGAGGGGUAAUGGAUAUGGAGUAAGUUCUUGGCCUCUCAGAACUGUUGAAAUUCAGUCUGAGUCUAGGAUUAGAAGGUGCAGAUGAGUCUGGGAUCUGCCUGAAGUACGGGGAGUUUUCAAACUCGGAGUUCCCUAUGCCAAUGGAAUAAAAAGUCCAAAUGGUUCCUUCCCCACAAAUGAUUAUUCUUAUUCCAUCCUACUCAUUGAUUUUAAGAUAAUCACUCAAAUAUGUAAUUCCAAUGAUUUUUGUGAAGUCCUGGAGGAAUCUCCCCAGAUUCUUCAAAUUGAAAUGUUCACAUUGGACAAUUUUAAAGAAACGCUCUUUUAUACAAAAUGCAAAGACAAAGAUGUGUCUAGAAAUCCUUUGGUCUGUAGGGGUAUUCUUCAGAACUAAUGACCUACCUGUCUGACAAUAUUUUAUCUUUUUGUCAGAUGAUGAAGAGAAACUUUGUCAUCUUUUCAAGGAAAGAAAUGUUACAAAUUGAUAAUGAACCAUCAGCCCAGGUAGUUUGUCUACAGCAGUGAUGGCGUGUGAGACAUCCCCUAGUACCUACCCUUCAUUUCUGUGUCAGGUCAAGAAUGUUCUCCUUUUUCAGUGUUACCUGUAUGCUUAUUUUUAUUUUGGAAUCAGUAUUAUAUUGUAAAUAUUCUACAUUGUUGUAUAUAAAAUGAUUUUACUAAAGUUAA